AUGCAAGACAGUAUGAUUAAUAACAAUGAUUUAUUAAAUGAAAUACAAGAACUAAUACUUCAAAUUGAAAUAGAAGCAGAUAAAAACCAAAGAUUUAAUAUGGAAUAUACUAGAUUAUUAAAAUUAAAAAAAGAAAAUUAUGAUUUUAAUUAUUUGAUUGGAAAACAAAAAAUAGAAGAAGAAUAUAAUUCAUUAGUAUUAGAAAAACAACAAUUAGACAUUUUAAUUAAUAGAAAAAGAUUUGAAUUUAGAGGGUUGUCUAAUAUUCCUGAUAAUGGAAUUCCUUUGGAACGUUUACUUGAAUCAAAAAAGAGUACAAUAAUGAAAGUGUGUGGGAUGAUUAAAGAUAAAGAAUUAAAAUUUAGUUCUAUAAAAGAUGAAUGGUUUGAUCUUAAGAAAAAAACAAAAAAUAUUUUACAUCGUCUUUUUGUUAUUAAAACAAUUCGAAAUAAUGUUUUUUGUAUUUAUUUAAAUAUGGAUACUAAAGAUGAAAUAUUUAAAUGUGUAUUUAUCUCUCUUAUUUCUUUUAUCCCUCUUAAAAAAGACAAUUUUGAAUUAGAAAAAAUUUAUUCUUCAACAAAUGAUAAUUUAAAUAUAGGUGGGUUUGUUGUACAAUAUCUUAAUAAUUCCAUUGUACAAAGUCCUUAUCCUGAUUUUAUACCUCUGACUGAAAUUAGAGAAAUGCAAAUAUUUAAAUUAAUAUUUUAA